UUCAUUUAUCCUCACGCUGAAAUAUGUUACCUCGCUGACAAUCCAACUGUAGUAUUUUAGUAGGGCAAGUACGAUUCCAAAGACUGAAACACACAGGCACUGGGUGGGCCAGCUCAGGGGUCCCUCAACACAAAUGACCAGUAAAGUGGAACUGUUAUAAACUCACGCACGCCUGGAAGUGUCUUUUGUCCAAGUGUGCAACAAAUAUUGGAGGCACCGCUGGGAUGAUUAACGUCGUGUGCAGUGUGGCGGAGACACAGGCGGAGGGAGUUUGAUGGACGCGAACGAGAGCGCGCGGCUGAUGGGCGUGGCUACAGCCGGCGCAAUGGACCUGGAGGAGCUGGCAGAGACGGUGUCGCAAUUACUCUGGAACUUACAGCUCAACCAACUCAAAGAGGUGUGCGUGGAAGCCAAAAUCCCAAGUGGAAAUGCUACAACAAGACGAGCAUUAAUCAGAUUAAUUACAGGAUCCAUGGACAAGGUUAUUAACGAUGAAGAGCAAGAUGUUGCAUUGUACUAUUUUGGGGAAAAUAGUACAAAUUUGGGGAGUGUUGAAAACACAGAAAGUGGAGAGAAUACAACAAGCACAACACAAGAGAGUCAGAAAACAACGGAAGAAAUGGGUUUUGCUGAGAGAUGCUCACUGCUCCAGCAAAACAGUGAAGCUCUGCAGGAUGAAGUUAGGAGACUGAGUGAGAGACUGAACCGAGCACCACCGAGCCAGCCGACAGUCUCACAAAAUGUGUCACCUGUAGCAAACCGGCUUCCAGAAGUUACAAUAAGGAGGGAAUUCAAGAUUUGUGGUCAGAUUGGGGAGAGGGGCCAAAAGGACAGACUCUCAUACACAAACCUGAUGCAUCAGAUUGACAGAGGCUUAAACAAAGGACACGGUGAAGCUGAAGUCAUAGAAGCAGUGGUCAAGUCAAUCAGCCCAGGGUUGAGUCUUAGAGACAUGCUUGAGAUAAAACGUGACCUCACCCUCCCCCAGUUAAAGACAAUAUUAAAGGGACAUUUCAAAGAGGACAGUACCACAGAUUUGUAUCACAGACUAGUGAACAUCACACAAGACAGCCGUGAGUCCCCUCAAAACUUCCUCUUUAGAGCAAUCGAGUUAAAGGAGAGGUUGAUAAUUGCAUCAGGAGACACAGGCUCAGAUGAACAGUACAGUUAUGACUACAGUAAGUCGCAGAGGUCUGGUGUCGUUUAGUGCACGAAUGACCUGUAGUGCGCAGCUUCUCAUGGAACUGAAG